GGAGUCGAAACAGAGAAGCUUGGACCGGCUAGCAUGCGGUGAAACGGAGUGGAACGUGUUACGGGGAGCCGUCGCGAGCCGGCGUGGGCCAUCGUGGAGAAGCGCUCCCCAGUCCCUGCGGGUUUAUGGAUGCCAGGGAGAAUUCCUGCUGAUCUAAUUAGUGCAGGUGCUCGUCUGGGCAGCCGUGGCCGAGUGUCUCCGCUGGCGGCGGAACGUUGGCGGCAUCUAGUCUGCCAGGCCUGUGUGACGAUGCAGCAUUGGGAUCAUCGGCAUGCAGAUUGUUUCUCAAAGCGCGAUGUUGCAUCCGGCCAAUGCUGCCAAGCACAGCAGCUGGGCCGGCCCAAGACGGAUGCUGCACCGUUGGCCGACUCGGUCGGGCAAGGGCGUGAUCGAGCCACUCCACCGCGCGUGGGGAGUGAGAUCAUUGCGGGGUUGCUUCGGCACAAAGUGCCGUUUGUCGCACUGGUGCUAAUGAUGCUAAAAGCCCUCCCUUCAAUAGCGCCUAAUCUGUGGAACCCGUCAAGAUGGCUGCCCACGAAAAACGUGGUCGCCUUUGGCGUGGGUUCGAAUAUCGCGAGUGGUCUUCAAGAACCAGAUCACGUUCGAGGCUGUAGGAAAGGAGAAAGAGAAAAGGGUCAAGUCAAGAAGGUGCCAAGGCAUCCGUGCUUGGCAAGAGAAAGCGAAUAUCCAACUCCAGAGGAGAGAUCGGCAAAAAUGGUAGGCACCAUCUGUCUAUCUAUGGCGUCACUGCUCCACAUUUAGCCCCCUCCCAGGAUCUCCGAGCCCUUAGCUCCGUUACACCAUACACGCGCAGGUCUGGCCUUCAUGUGAUUACCAUAUGAAUGGCUUGAGCGUUUUACGGUUAUAGUUACAGCUAGAGUGCCCUGUCGAACGUGCCCUGAAUAGGUACCUACCACACGAAUUAACCGAAUUAAGUACGGAUGGCGUGUUUAAAGACCC